AUGAUGGCUUUUUGGUUGGUGGCACUCUGUACAACCGCAUCUUCGUUUGUCUUCUUGGAGGCCGCUGCAGCAAAUGCAGUUGUAGAGCCACCCGUGCCGCUUUUGAAUGUCCCCUUUCGCGUUACCGCUGCAUUCCUCGAGGUGGGGAAGAACCUGUAUGUGUCACGCUCUUCGACAUGCGAUGUAAAAGAGGCCACGGGACAGAUAUGCAUUCUCCCAACAAAUCGUGCCUGUGAUUUCACCGUCACCGCUGGGAGUGUGGGCGUAAACGCUCGGUAUGACAAUGAGGUGCCAAUACUAUAUUUGUGUUCCUCUUCCAUUCCCAAGGGGCCUAUUCAAACGCUUCAACUGAGCGUCAUAGAUGCCGUUCCUCGUUUUGUGUUCCCAGGGGGCCCGUUUGUUGUUACCAUUGGUAACGCUACGCCAGUAGGGACCGUGAUAAGUUUUUCCAGCGACGAGUCUUGCACAAAGAGUAUUGAUGGUCAAUCGCCCGUUUCACUGGAUGAAGACCGCAAGAUAAGCCUAAGCAUCACCUCAGCUGGCGUCGUACGACUUUGUGCCCGAGUACCAAUUCAAGGAGGAGCGUCGAAGCUGAAUGUGCCUGCGGCGACAUUGCUCGUUGUCCAACCCUUUUCAGUGAACAAUACACAGACUAUUCGGAACACAGUGGAUUCUUUCAGCUUGGAGCCGUUCGGUCAGAUUCCCUUCGCCAGCUUUGCUCGAUCCGCUGUCUGUGAGCCUAUUCUACAGGAGCCAGUGCGCGGAUACGUGCUGCAGAACGUGGAAUUGCCCAUCCGUGUGCCGAAAGGGAAAUACUACAUGUGUGCUGGAUGGCCGUAUUACAAGGAAAAGCAAUUGUUUGUACCCUCAAAAAACAUGGUUGCUGUUAGUGAAUACGGGUUGCAGCCACACACUAUGUACACCAACGAAGAAACCAUCAUGACACCCACCUUGGAUGCGGUAACCUCCGAGGGUACCGCCGGUAUGAGCGCCGCACUCUUCCGUUCACCUGAGUGUCAGGGGAAUCCCGUCAUCCCAUGGAGUGCGUCGAGAAAGUGGACUGUGACAUCAUCCGGCAUUUACUAUGCAUGCGUGAACAAAGGUGGCUCAACAGGGCCAACUGCGUUAGCAGCAAACAUCACAGUUGUGGAUACACCAAUCUGUUCCUUGUCGCGGUCACCUGCUAUAAAGGGACUUGAUGUUACAGUGACACUCAGUGACCGUGGGGCAGCUAAUAGAGGCAUUAUUACCGUAGGUGCCUCGAUGACGUCGAAUUGUUCACAGAUUGUUGCCAGAGGCACCACAACGGAGACGGGUAACACUGCCACUUUCCGCAUGCCUGAGGAUGCACUCGCGACGAUGUCGCUCUGUGUGUCUACGCCGCUCUCCAACACGGCACCGGCAGAGGGUGAGGAAGGGGACAGAGGCUAUUUAUACCCUCUUGGCACUGUCCCAACGCGAGAAUACACCAUGAGCUACGGACCAUUGUUUGCAGGGAAGAAAGGAGAUAUCAUACUGGACUCAGAGGUGCGCUUUGACGCAGGUACGGAGGGUGUUUUCGCUAAGGGCGGCUGCACCGAAACGGUUGGAAAUAAAUUUUCAAUGAAUGUAUCCACCUUGAGUGAUGUUGGAUUUGCAGAUGCUGGGACUUACGGGCUGUGCGUGAAACUACCGGAUACACCGUCAGCAUCCGCUGCAGCUCCUCCAAGUUCAUCUUUCGCUCGCAUUGGUCAUGUCGUGGUUCAUGGACCGAUAAAGAUGACUCCAGCCUCUGUUGUGGUUGGUGCCUCCACGAAAGUGUCUGUGUCUCUCAGUCCACCUACAGCACCCGUUCGUGUUGUGGAGUCUGAUGACUGUAACUCCUCCUCCUUCGUGGCAGAGGGUACUGCAGAUAAAAAGGGUGUAGCGAACCUGCAGGUGCUUUACACAAGCGAGAAAAACCUGACUGUUUGCGUGGGUUACCGCGGAAGUGACGAUAAGAGGCCCUUCAUUCUGACGCCAGUUGCCCAGUUGCCUGUUGCGCGUGUCAAGGUGCUUCCACAGGCGAUGAUUGCAGCGCAGCCGAACCGUGUGAACCUUCUCGUGCCAGACAAAGUUUCCCUUACCGGCUUCCAGGCUUUUCUGGUGCGUGGAUCUUCGGUGCCGUGCUCAAAUUCAGUGGGAUCGGCGAUGCCAGUAAUUAUCCCAAGCGAGGGACACGCGUUCAUUAUCUUUAAACCGUCUGAAGUCUCAACGUGGACAAUCUGUUUGGGAAGUUCAGGGACUGCUUUCGAACCUGCUGCCGAGAUCACGUCGGUAUCACCUCUGAGCAUUACCACAGAUCCUUCAUCUGGUGUGGUCGGCCUACCCGUCAAGCUUCAGUUUGACGGAGAAUCUUUGUCAGCCCUCAAGCCGACGCGGUUCUUCGUCACCAACAGCGCAGAUUCAUGCGCACGUGCUGAAGCGGGACCGCCUCCAAUGUAUGGCGAAGGCGCUAUUGACACCACCAGCGGAAAAACUGAGGCGUUCUUGACAAACGAAUCAGGUACACUCGUUGCGUGUGUUGGGUGGGAGGUUGAGAACAGUAGAUUCUUUGUGUACGGCGGUACUGUGGUGAUGGGGAAAUUCAGGGCUCUCUCCCGCUACGCUAUACGCGAGUCAGUGAACAAUCUUACCGGGGAUCCCAUGCUGAGUGAUGGCUCAUUGUUCUUGGUACUGUGCGCGUCCACCUCCACCUCCAGCUGCAGCAGUCCGAUCGAGUCAACAGUCUGCACUCAGGCGAAGCAGCGUUACUACACGAGCCCCUUGGUUCCUCUCCAAGGUGCAAUAGUGGGACAGUAUGUGCUAUGUCAGGAAGACGCGGAAAAGAAGGGCGCUGCCGCGGCAGACAACCUCGUUUCUGUGGUGGAUCCAUUUGUGGUGACACUGUCAGACAAUGAGGUGCGUCAGCAUAAGGCUGUUAAUGUGACACUGAAAGGUGGCGACAUGAACACACGACCUAACCCCAUCACUAUUACCACGAUGCCACCAGGUCUGUCCUGCGCUGCAACAUCGGAGCAGAGUGAGACAUUUGAAUUCCCUGUUGGCGUUUCUACAAGCGAGAUAAUCGUGAGGAAAAUGGAGCCAUUCACGAACGGAGUGCAGCUGUGUGUGCGCGCCUCUCCAAAUGACGCAAUACCCGCAGUGACGUUUGAUCUCCUACCGUACAUGGAUCCUGCGACAAUCAUUGCUGACCGCACAAUGACGGUGCGCUCCGGUAUGUGGAAAGAGAACGUUGUUGCGAAGCUCACCGCCGCCGACGACUGUUUGGGUAACGUUAUGAGCGUGGAACCAGUGGUGAUCAAAGACUACAUCUCAGAGUUGCAUGUUGAUGGCUGCACCGAUGACAACAUGGAUCUGACAACCGUGCACUACUGCGAGAGUACUGAUGGGGGAAGUGUAUAUGCGUUCCGUGGUGUGAUGCAUUUCAUUCGUCUCAGGAACUGCACCACGGACCACGCAGGGGCGAUUCUGCCCGUCACUGUGCCACCUGCGCAAAAGGUGGCAGAUUACGGCAUUGAUACCAAGGUGCUUAUGCAACCCACGCUGUCGCGGACGCCAGAUUGUAAGGAUCUGGUGCAGAGCGAGAAUGGCCAAAUGCCUCGGCAUGAUGAGACACUGAAAUUCUUUGUGUGCGUCAGUGCGAAAGGUGAUCCCAGGUACGUAUUCACCACUGAUGACCCAACCCUACACGUGGCGAACUUCAUUGCCUCGCCGAAAUCGAUUCCGAGCCGACUGAAUUCCUAUACUGGCGUUGCAAUCCCAACAACGCUGCGUCUGAAUUACCCGACUGGAACAACACAAACAUUCCUGAGUCACUCCGCAGCAUGUGACAACAAGGUUGCAAAUAUGCCCGACCUCAGCCAAUCACCUCCACACGCAAACUUGUUGUUGACAGGGGUAUCAGGGCUGAAGUAUGUAUGCGUGUCAGUAACCAACAGUGGCAAGAGUGAGACGACGACGGUGGAAGUGGUUCUUGUCAUUAACGCGCCCAGCGCAACCAAGGUGGAUCCUGCGUUAGUUCGCGGUGCCCCAUUCCACGCGACGUUGCAGGUACCGGCAACAAGUGGGCAACCUCCGCUCUACUCGCUGGUUCCAGGAGCUGAUAAAGAAAAUUCGGUGGCACCAUUUUACGUGUCAUCCUUUCGUGGUGUUUACCUCUCAAGUGACGCGUGUGUGAGUGUUCUGAUGGGUAGUGAGGUGGCAUACUCUACCGGCUCUGGCCGCAUCAUACUGCCGACCAAUUCCAUUGCACUUGGCGUCAAAUCCUUCUGGCUGUGUGCGGGCACCCCUGCUGGAAAUCUCACUGUUGCUGCUGGUAUUGAGGAGUCGACAGCUGUCAUCUUCCCUUCGAAAUUUGUGCUGGGAGCUGAGGUGGAGGUAUACAUCCCACUCUCACCGAACGGAAUGUUCCACAUGCGGCGAGACGCCAAAUGCGGAGGCAAUGAUGUUGUGGCGCCGUUCUCUACGGACGAGGAAGGGCGCGGAAACUUCACAUUCAAGCUCACCUCUGGUGCAGGUUUGCCCCCUGAUGGACUGUGGACACUGUGCAAGGAGUCGUUCUCUGAUCGUGCUGCUGCUGCUACUGCCGCUUCCAUGGUUCCGAGAAGUGCGAUGACAGCGGAAGGGUCAGGACUGCCACUGAAGCCACUUACCACGGUUGAGGCUUUUAACCCUGUUUACUACAACAUUCGUGGUUCGGACAUCGUCGUUGGGACACCUGGUGUCGUGAUGCUACUGGACGAUCUCACGGCAGGGAGUUUGCUCCCUGGCUUUAGCACUAGCAGAAACUGUCUGGAAAGAGAGGAAACCUACGGCUCCUGGAGUGCCUUGGGAAAGGGGAACAUCGCCUCCUCAAGGCGUGUUUCUAUCAGUGCUGAGAGGCCUAUGGCUUCUGUUUACAUGUGUGCGUCUGCCCCGAUUAACAACUCGCUUGUCAGCAUUCCUAUGCCGGGUGCACUCCACUUUGUGACAUCGGCCUUCUCACUUCCAGCGACUGUCCCACGCUGCGGUGUGACGAAACUGAAUUCAUGCGUGCUACCGGGGUCGGCACCCUCGGGAGCAUCUGUUGUAGUCAUCAAGGGUGACUGCUGCAACUCUGCUGAUCGCGGAAAUGUUGUGGGGAGGGUGACGGAUGUGGACGGUGAUCAAUGCAGCCUGACGAUGGAUAGGGAGAUGCUGAAGGAUAUUCCGUCGACCACAUCCCUAAGCGUGUGCGCUAUAGACGGGUCUGACGGAUCGUACUGCACCACUCUGGGCCAUGUGAGACCGAGCGCCCAGCCUUGUGGUGAUGCGAGUGGAGUCUCCGGCGGGAAACUCACCGAAGGCACACUCAUCGCAAUCAUUGUGCUCGUCGUCAUUCUCGGACUGUUGCUGAUCCUCCUCGUGAUAUGGUUGAUUAUCUACUGCAACCAGAAGAAGAAGGCGCAACUGAUACUACAGAAGGAUCCUGUUUUCUCGCUCGAUGGCGACUCUAACCCAUUGACGGUGUACAGUGCCUCUGUUGGUGAUGGCUCACAGCCGCGCAGUGGACCGUUCUUGCUUGGUUUGGGCCGUGGAGGCCGUGCCGCGGGUGACUCGCAACGCACCAUAACUCUUGCCACCACAACCGAAAACACCGUUCGCCGCUCGCCGUCGUCGGAGGGCACAACAGACUCGAUGCGGUGGAGUUUGUGGGAGGGCAUCGAGUGUGACGACCGUGACCAAAUUGCCCUGAACGAGGCGCGCGACCGCUACAACAUGCGGGUUGCCUUCUUGGAGGGAAUUGAGCGGUUGCGAAUCGCCGAGAAGGAGCGAGAUCUGGAGUACGAAUUCAGUGACGCUGAUGAGAUCCCACCUUUGGAGAUGCAAGAGACAAUGUUUACCGCCGUGCGUGUGCCGUCCGCGCCGGGUGAAGAAGCAUCAACAGCCCCAGUACCAGCACCAGCAGAGAUAAUAAUACAGGAGCCGGAGGUGACGGUUGGGAACAUGCAGCAAGUGUUGUUCAACUCACCCGGUGCGCGCUCACUCUCGUCGAGUGCGGACCAGAUGAGCUACACGACAACGCAGCGUUUCUACGACGACCGCCGCUUUACCCUUGAAAAUGAGGCGGUGCGGCGGCAGCGUAUUGUAAACUGGGAGGAUGAGGAGUGGCACUCUAUCGUUGACGCAGAGUUCAACAGCUACAUCGCACUUGAGAAGAUUGCACCACCGCCCCCGCUGCCGCAGGCCGUCGUGGUGCCGUUCGCCGCCGUCCUCGACGCCCAGGCCUACGACGACACCAACAAUGGCGGUGCAGAGGUGGAGGGGGAAGAGGAGGAAGACGAUGUCUACGACGCCCCCAGUUAUCCUGUACAUUUGGUGAAGUACGGUGACCGCAAUGGUGACGUGCCUGCUUUUGCUGGCGUCCAGCAAGGCACUGACGACACCCGUGCCCCGCAGCCGCUGCCCGAUGGGGAUCUGCCUUCGGGGGAGACGAUUCUCAGUGCGUCGAUGCCGUCACUGAGCGGAGCGGAGAAGGGACAGCAGCCACCACGCCAACAGGAACAGGAAGCUGAACAGCAGUUGCUGCCACAUACACCACAGAAGCCAUUCCCAGCGCACGUAAAGGGGUCGCGCCGAAAGCGUUUGGGCUCGCCACAGGAGUCCCCAGACGGGCAUCAGCUGGAGGGCAAGGAGGGGGGGACGCCGGGGUCUUCGAGAAGGUCGGCACAUCGUCACGUGGAUCCACUUACGCCGCCAGAGACGCCGCCGGGUAUCGACGACGACGACAGUGUCCCCAGCAGCCGUCACAGCAAAGGGGAGUGCGCACCGCGGGAGGCGGAAUAG